AUGACUAUGCAGAUGAAACGUUUGGAGAACAAAUCAACAACAGACAACAGUUUAUUUCAUCUACACAAGAUGAAUCAGCGUAAAGACUACCAAGCUCAGAUGAUCUCUUCUUUAAACUUGAUCCAUAACCAUGUUGGGAACAUUGACACGAAAUUUAUCUUUCACACUUUCAAGUGGUCAUUAGCAGAAUUCCCCGGUGUUCUGGCGGCCAAGUCCAAGCUUGUUAGCAAUAUCGUCAUUAUCAGCUGCAGCAAUAACAACACAAUAGCCACAGCAACACCAACACAAGACAGUCUCAUAAAUAAGAUCAUUAGCGAUGACAACUGGUUGCACAACAUAUCAUUCUUGAUAUACGAGGACAAUGAUCGUCUGGUGGUCUCCAUCAUAACGGGCAUCAUGCUUGGCAUUGUGGUCGGUGCAUGUUUGCUGUUUGUCGUCCUGGCUUACAGGAAGAAAAGAUCAGGACACAUGCAGCGAGCAUCACCAUCUCAUCUGAAAAACUUCAACAACUCAAUCGACUGCAUGGAAGCAUUUGCAACAACUCAACAGUCCCAAAACCAACAACAUCAACAUUUUUUUUGCAAUAGUGGAAGCAAGAAGUUUCAGAACACAAUGCAACCUCACAAUCGAAGAUGUCUGGAAUCCGACUACAGACCAAAUGAGUCGCUUUGUCCGUACACAUCCGUCAGCAACAGUAACAACAAUUACGUUGAACAGAAUGUUGAUAAUCUGCCACUAGACAUUGGAAAUAACAACAAUAACAGCAACACAACCUGCGCAUUUAGAUUGAUACACCAACAACAUCCACACGACAGCUUCUGCGUCAAGCAAUUCAACGACAAAUCUAAAAGUACAACGCCACAACAAACUUAUGAGUGUUUCCAGCAACAACAACAGCACCACUGUAACAAACCGCCUUUCAACAACAACAACAACAACAACAACAUAGACAACGUAACGAUGCAAACAGGUGAGCGGAUAUUGCAUCAGUACGGAUUCGUUUCUGAUCUUCCCGACAAAUCUUUCGCAGACCAACCACAGCCCCAGAAAUUCCAUCUCCACAAUCUCUACCAGCACAACACCAGCCAACAAACUGUCCCUAACACUUCCAGCCCUCAACAUUUCGAUGCCACUCUCCCCACCAAGAACAUCCUCCCAUUCGAUAUGGUCGAAAAUUGA